UUGUCCUAAUCAUUGGGCAAGAAACAAGAAGACAUGCAGAUAAGCAUGAAAAAUAUCAGAGAUUUUAGGCAAAGGAGGAUUCUGUGGUCAGGAAAGGCAUCAGCAGAAAGUCAGGCAGUAGCAGUGACAAGAACAAUGUGGCAACCAAAACACUCAAAAGGCUGUCUGCACCCACAAACCUUCCUUCUCCGCCCCCACACCCGGGGCAAUGACCAGAAAAGCUUUGCUGCUGCCGCUUUCCAAACAUGGAAGCAGGUGUCCAUAUCAAAUGUGCUGCUCACUAAUGAAAUCAUGAUGAUGAGGAAGAUUGUUGAGAAUGUGUCACCGCACCAGAAUGUGAUUGACUUGCCCGAUGAGUACGAGGAUAAGACUGGGGUCCACCUUGUGCUGGAGCUCUGUUCAGGAGGGGAACUGUGUGAUAGGAAUAGGAUUGUGAAGCAAGAAAGGUAUUGUGAGGCUGGAGCUGCAGCUGUGGUGAGGCAGACUGCACAAGGCUUGGCAGCUCUUCACAGCUCGAAUAUUGUUCACCGGGACUUGAAGCCAGAAAUGUGCCUCUUCUUGAACAACACCAACAAUUCUCCGCUGAAGAUUAUGGAUUUUAGGCUGAGUUCUGUGGAGGAGUUCACCGACCCUGCUGUGGGACUGUUUGGUUCCCUGUCACCAGAGGCUCUUUCUCAGGGACUGGUCACUUCUAAGAGCGACAUGUGGGCUCUUUCUCCAGGUACCCACCUUUUAUUUCCCAGUCGAAUCAGCAAAAGCAACAGAUGAUUAUGCCUGGAGCAUUCAGUUUCCAUGAGAAAACCUGGAAGGUUAUUUCUUUGUCAGCAAACAAUUGAUUUCGGACCUCCUCAAAGUCGACCAUGACAAGAGACCUAGUGCUCAAGAG